GUUCAUUCUGGGUCAGAACUACUGACAUUUCUCGGGGGCAGGUCCUGGCGCAGAACUUGGAAUGUGUGCGGUCGCCUGUAGGCCACCUUAGCAUUUAGUCGGAAUGUGGAAUUUUGGGUUGCCAUCCGUACUUUUUGGAAUUCAGGGCCAGGUGGGAAUAUGUGGCGGAGCUCAGGCUUUCGGUAAUGGAAUAUAUAAUGUUGAAUUAAGUUCAGCAGAUGUUUCGUGAACGUCUACCCCGGAAAAGGCGAUAUGCCGCUUUACUGGGUAUGAGGACGGAGAACGUAGUAAUCACAAUUAUAAUGUGAAUGGUUUCCGAAUAUGUUCUUCGUGGACCGUGUUCCUUGGAAUAAAGAUAUAUGUGUAUUCAAGCAAAAGUAAACUGCUGUCUACUUCAAGAUGAAAUGUCUGAGGUUAUCUCAACCAUAGUAGGUGUACAUUUAUCCUGACUUUUUUUGUUAACCUAACAAAUAUCACAACAUAAAAUCUACUUAGCUUACUUGAAUGAAUGAAUCUUAAGUGGACUGUUUAGUGCUGUGGGGAAUCAGUUUUGUUUAGAAACAUGAAUGGCGGUUGUUUAUCACGUUUCACAGAGAAAACCCGAAAACAUAGCCUGUGAUCCGUUCCCCACGCUUUCUUAUUUAUUUCUCAGUGCCGCAUCAGGUAGCAUGGAUGGGGUAAGUUUCGGAAGCCAUUCCAGAAUAUACAGCACAGAAGAUGUGGCCUCAACCCUCUGGUUCCGACAUUGUCCCUAAUGUUUCCUUGUUGCCUUGGGGGAAGCUGGCCCACUGACCUUGGGCUUAACUAGGACACUUAGAAGAACUCACCUGUGACUUGGCAAGUGCUUUCCACUGGUCUGGGUACGAUCACCCAGAUUAUUCACCUGAACCUUUACCCUUUUUACAGCUCCCUUCAUCUCUUCUGAAACAUUUUUUCCUUUUUUUUUUUUUAUGAUCUUUAAAUACCUCCUGAAUUGAUGGGAAGUACAUGGCGCUGCCCCUUUCCCUUCUUUUAGUGGGAAGAUGGGCAGGCCUUAAACACGGCGUCUGCAGGACCCAGGGGCACACUCUUGGUGUCACCUAGCACCCUCCCCAUAGCACCUUGCAGGGAGUGGCAGAGAAAGGGUUUGGGUGCCACUGACCUGGGCUGCAGCCAACCUGGGCUGUGCCAUGACCUGGGAGGGAAACUCAGCUGUACUGAAUGGAUUCCUACUCAUCUCAUGGUCCCGAGUGCUCCUUUAAAAAAAAAAAAAAUUAUCUAUCUAGUUGGUUGCACCGGGGCUUAGUUGCAGCAGGCGGGCUCCUUAGUGGCAACAUGCGAACUCUUAGUUGUGGCAUGCAUGUGGGAUCUAGCUCCCUGACCAGGGAUUGCACCCGGGCCCCCUGCACUGAGAGCACAGAGCCUUAACCAUUGUGCAACCAGGGAAGUCCCUGAGUGCUCUUUUAAUGGCCCUCUUCUUAGGGAACAGAAGGAAGCAUCUUCUUAAGCCUGUCUUGUUGGGUAACGUCACUCUGCAGAGAAAACUCUGGUAGUUUUCUCCACUGUGGUCAGUUUUCAGGAAACUUUUUUGUUACUAACAUUAUCUUUUAUUUUGCUCAUAGAAGUGCCUGUGUGAUCUUAUUUAAAAGUCAUAACGUACUCCAGAAAAGGGAACUGUUACGCCCAUUUCUGAAUUUGUGGCAGUUACUGUUAUCGCUAGCUUAAAAAUACACAGUCAUGCAAAAUGGAUCGGUGCACACGCACAUACACAAAUAUACUGAAGUAUAAGGUCAAAUACCCCACGUUAUUUAUAAUCUCGAAUAACUAAUGAGUGUGUAUGCAUCUAUUUUGAUACUUAAUAAGGGUAGGUAGGUAAAUGACCAAGAGUUAAAAAGAUCACCUUUUGCUGUUUUCUGCUUGUUGCAUUUUAUGGGAAACAAAGAUUGUCUAUUUCAGUUCUCUGUCCUCAUCCCUGACCUCUUCCACUUUUGGAAAUGACACAUCUGUGGCGCCUGGGUAAUUUUGUAAAAUUAUUGCUUUUGCAAGGGAGAAAUUUAUAAUAUUAGUAUAUGUCAUAAAAAGGGGAAACUUUCUUGUAUGACUAGCUUGAUUGAAAGAGUCGUCCAGGUAGAGAGAGAGAGAAACAGCAGUGGGACAUGUUUUAAAGUGUAUUGAGAGUGAAAUUGUCAUUAAUAUUUUUAUGGUUAAUUUAUUAUGCUGCACAACACGUUGGUUUAGCUAGUAAGUAGGGAAGGCUUUUGGACUGAGGGCACAUUUUACCUUAAACCAACUUCAGAGUCAUCUUUGAUGAUUCAUACAAACAUUACGUUUUACUUUGUUGUGACGUUUGUUUUGGGUGACCGUUGGUCUCCUUAAUGUUUGAAGAAUAGACAGACUUAGAUAAAGUCAUUUAAGACUUCCAUUCUCCCUUUGCACACGGAGGACGUUUUAGAGGUGUUAGGUCUUUAGGGAAGAGUGUACAUUACUAGCUUUGUGACCUUGAACCCAUUAUAUAACCCCUUUGAGCCUUACUCCUCAUGUGGGGCUAAGGUGGGGAUGAUCUAUCUGUCAGAGUUACUGUGAAUACAUGUAUAUUUUGUUUAAAGUAAAAUCCAAACUCCUUACCAUCGACCACAAGACUUCUGCCUGGUUCUUCAGCACACUUUGAACAACCCUCUCUCCGCCUUAGCACAAAGGUGUGGUCUAGCCUUUCUGUUCCUCAACAUUCCAAGCUUCGUCUGGCUUCCUCCCCUUUGACAGUUUUCCUAGACUGCUUUUCAGUGAUGCCCCCUGUGGUUGGUGCAUUCUCAGGGUCACCCUCUCAGAGAAGCCUUCUCUGACCACCCUUCCUUCCAGCUCCUUCAGUAAUCCCAUUUUAUCAAUUCGUCUGUUUCUGAUACAACGUUCAUUACUAAGUUCCUUGUGGAGGGCGUGGGCUGUGGUCUUCCUCCUUUGUCUCCCUCACACAUGGCAUGGAGCCUGGCCACUGAGUGGGGACAUGGUGUACAGAAAGCACUUGUAGCUUUUACACGUUUGUCUGCCUGUUAAAGGCAGAGAUGUGCUGGCUGGAUCUUAGACAUCCGUUGGGUUUUUUGUGUUUUUUAUUUAUCCCUGGCUGAGUUGAUCUUCUCAACUGAAUAAAUCAUAGCACUGAUAAGGCCAACGUUCUUGACACUACAUGGCCCCAAAUCCCCACACAGGGAGAACUACAUCUUCUUGUAGAACCGCGAUGUGUGUCUGAGUUCACUGACAUGCCCCACCGGCUGGUCGUGAAGAUGCACAGGCCUCUUGUCGCUUCUGGAAGCACAGUUAACUGCAGUGUGAGGAGAGUAACGGCCCCAGAGCACAUUUCCCUUGAUGCUGCCUUACAGAGCUUAGCAAGGGCAUCACACUUGGAGACUAUGUUUGGGGAGCGCUGGCUAUCCCAUUGUCCUUGGGAGCCGACUCUUGAGUAGUAGAGAAGAAGGAAAGAAGAAAACACCCAUCUCUCUGAAGGCCUGGGAGACGAAGUUUCCUGAGCAUCAGUAAACCCUGCAAGCGUCACUAUGCCGUCCUGAAAUCUUCCAACAGAAAAUGGCUCCAAAGGGUAAAUGAAGCGGGAAAAAUACAUAGAUGCAGCAUUGCGUGCAGCCUCUCCAGAUGUUCGAGGAUAAUAUUCCAGAGAGAAAUUGAUUCACUUGGAUUAGGUAACUAGUCAGAAUGAAGAAGAUUAGUCUUAAAACCUUCCGGAAAUCUUUCAACUUGAAUAAAAGUAAAGAAGAAGCGGAUUUUAUGGUUGUACAACAACCAUCACUAGCCAGUGACUUUGGAAAAGAGGAUUCCUUAUUUGGUAGCUGCUAUGGGAAAGAUAUAGCCAGCUGUGAUCUCAACAGUGAAGAUGAAAAAGGCGGAAAGAGCAGAUCAAAAAGUGAAAGCCUAAUGGGUACGUUGAAAAGACGGCUGUCUGCGAAACAGAAGCCGAAGGGCAAGGGCGGUGCGCCCUCCGGGGGCUCCGCGGACGAGGACACCUUCUCCUCCUCCUCGGCCCCCAUCGUCUUCAAGGACGUGAGGGCGCAGAGGCCCAUGAGGUCCACCUCGCUGCGCAGCCACCACUACAGCCCCACGCCGUGGCCCCUGCGCCCCACCGCGUCGGAGGAGACAUGCAUCAAGAUGGAGGUGAGGGUCAAGGCCCUGGUCCACUCGCCUGGCCCGGGCCCGGCCCUGAAUGGCGUGCGCAAGGACUUCCACGACCUCCAGGCCGACACCGCGUGCCAAGAACAGACGAACUCGCUCAAGAGUUCUGAGUCUCAGGAUGGGGACCUGCAUCUCCACCUGGAAGAACAUGUGCCUGUCGUUAUCGGACUCGUGCCUCAGGACUACAUUCAGUACACUGUGCCUUUGGAGGAGGGGAUGUACCCUCUGGAAGGACCGCGCGGCUAUUGUCUGGACGGCUCCUCCCCCAUGGAAGUCUCCGCGGUCCCUCCUCCAGUGGGAGGGGGCUCCUUCCCCGAAGACGAGAAUCAGGUAGACCCGGACCUCGUGGUGGCCCCAGAGAUCUUCGUGGACCAGUCAGUGAACGGCUUGCUGAUCGGCACCACGGGAGUCGUGCUGCAGAGCCCGAGGGCGAGUCCCGACGACGCCCCGCCACUCUCACCGUUGCUACCUCCCCUGCAGACGAAUCAGAUCCAAAGGAACUUCGGCGGGCUCGCCGGCUCCGACGCCCACGUGGCCGAAAGUAUGCGCUGUCACUUGAAUUUCGAUCCUAACUCUGCCCCCGGGGUUGCCAGAGUUUAUGACUCAGUGCAGAGUAGUGGUCCCAUGGUCGUGACAAGCCUUACGGAGGAGCUGAAGAAACUUGCAAAACAGGGAUGGUACUGGGGCCCCAUCACUCGCUGGGAGGCAGAAGGGAAGCUGGCCAACGUGCCGGAUGGCUCUUUCCUCGUUCGGGACAGUUCUGACGACCGCUACCUUUUAAGCUUGAGCUUCCGCUCGCAUGGCAAGACCCUUCACACUAGAAUCGAACAUUCAAAUGGUAGGUUUAGCUUUUAUGAACAGCCGGACGUGGAAGGACACACGUCUAUCGUGGACCUGAUCGAGCACUCAGUCAGGGACUCCGAGAACGGGGCCUUCUGUUACUCCCGGUCUCGCCUGCCGGGCUCGGCCACCUACCCCGUCAGGCUGACCAACCCCGUGUCGCGCUUCAUGCAGGUGCGCUCCCUGCAGUACCUGUGCCGGUUCGUCAUCCGUCAGUACACCAGAAUAGACCUGAUUCAGAAGCUGCCUCUGCCAAACAAAAUGAAGGAUUAUUUACAGGAGAAGCACUACUGAGAGGCUCUGAGAACCCUGCGUCUUGCACUUGGGGAGGAAGGAAAAGAGAUUGGAAUACAGUUUACAGACUUUCCAUUGCUAUCAAAAUCUUUUGCUGCCAUACUGUUUCAGUUUUAUGUGUAAAAGAGUAACCAGUUCGUUUAGGGGUGGGCAAGUGUCGGCAAGGUGUCUUGGGUUUACUUUGGUUCUUUAAAAAGGGAAGUCUUGAGGUUUUAGAAGAGUGAACUAUCUUCCAUCAGUGUGCAGAAUAAUCACAAUGUGAAUUAAUCAGAUUCUCCUUACCCACCCCGCCCCCAGUCCUUUGCUGCUAUCCACUGUGAUUUUUAUGCAUUAAAAGCACAUUUCAUGUGUAUUCAAUCCUAAGUAAAGUUAAAUGAAACUUAUAGAAUGAACAUUGUUAUGUCUCUUUCAAUGGCCCGUUUUCAAAGAUAGUGUUGAGUAAACAUAGCCGUGUGAUAAGUCACAGAGGUCACACCUACACUGAAAAUGAUUUUUAAUUUCAUACUUCAGAAGGAUUUAUUUAGAAUUAUGAACUGACAUAAUCUUGGGUAAUGGAACAGAGAUCUGCUACAUAUCUUUUACAACAUUCAGUUCUAAAUUAUUUUUAAGGUUGUGCUGUUAUGUUGGUUGUGAGAAGUUGGACUUUUCUGUUGCCUUCAUUUUCAUCUUGUGGUUUGUCUGUUUUAAUAAAUGGCCUUACAGAAUUGUAAAGAAAUGUAUACCACCAAUUUAGAAAUUGUUGCCUUUUCUGUCAUUAAACUCUGGUACAAAUUGGCGUAACAUAUAAAGACCUAAUGGAACUAGAACUAUUAAAGAAAUACUAGAUGAUCAUAGUUUCCGGUGUUAAGCAGUUUUAUUGUUAUCUAUACUUUCCUUUGGUAAAAUGUUUUAUCUGUGAUUUCUUUAGCUUAGUCAACAUUUUCUUGGGUGAACUUGAUGUAGAAAUGAUUUUCAUAAAUGGACUAGAUCCUCUUGCAACAUAAAGUUUAUAUAAAGUUUUAAAUUGAUUUGAAUAGAAAGAAAACAUUGUUUUAAAGUUGGGUUUAUAUUUUUCUUUUAUGCAGUCACUAUUGAGAUGUGCUAGAUUUGACCCUUCCUUCCCCCCCACCAAAAAAACAAAACAAAAAACCAAAAAAACCCAGUGACUUGAGUUGACGAACUGUGGAGAUUGUGGAGCACCAUGUAAGAAAAAUAUUAAAACCCAAUCAGGUGUAUGGAAGUGUUUGCCUACCGUAUAUACUGACCUUUAAAAAUAGGUUUUCUAUUUGUUUCUUUUUAAGUCCUUAGUAAAUUGACAUCAUUAGUUUUUUCAUCUCUUCUGAGUCAGUCCUUUGGGCGGGGGUGGAGUAUGUUACCUCCAAUACUUUUUAUUUUGAAAUGCAGUGUUUAUUUACUGCAUGAUUCUUUAGUGUUUCGGAAUUGCUCCAUCCAGAAGAUGUUUCUAGCUACAUAACUUUAAAGGAAAUGUUUCCCUCUCAGACGAAGCAUGUAAUUUAAGAUAUUUCUUCCUUUGUCCCUCGGUUUUCCUAUCUCUUACCCCCAUUUAAAAACAAGAGUAAAGGUCUCAGAUCAAAUGUAAUAGCGUUGUCAUUCAGACAUAAGCAGUAUCCCCAUUUUUUUCUCUCUUUGUUUUUUAGAGUCAACUGAGAAUUACCAAGAAAAGGCACAAUGCCAUAGUAUCUGUUAUGAUAUUUUGACUUAAAGGGGAAAAGGUACUUAAUUUUGGUGGAAUGUUUGAUUGUACCUUGUGACAAAGACUCCUCUCAUUUUCUGAUAUGUUUUCACCUAAUAAGAUGGAAUAUGGAGUAUACUGUAAUAAUAUAAUUUAAGUGUUCAUUGUAAGCUAUUUGGAUUAAGAACUAUUACAGAGUUGUAAACUUAUCAAAUUAAUGCAAGACAUUUAAACUAUUUUUUUGCAAAACUAUUUAUUUUUAAACAAUUUAAAAUAUAUCUAGGGUGAGUUAAAAGUCCCUGUGCAUCUAUAUUAGAUGGCAGGUAUUGUCACAGAGUCACUGUGUAUUAAUAAUAAAUGUUGAGAUGGCUUCUCCAUGUUUCUAGAAGCAUUUACAUGUACUCUUUGUGAGAUCAUGGUGCACAGAGGUCUUUGGACUGCCCUGAACCCCAUCUUAAUGUGGGCGUAGCCUGUUCCCCACGCCUUCCUCAUGAUACCAUGUGUUUAAGAUCUAGCCAUUUGGUUUCAAGUUAAGAUCAUUCUGAUUUCCAUAUAAAUGGUUUUAAAAUUGUAUUUUGUGUUUUUAUGGAGGGCAAGUCUUGAUACUGUUCUAAUUCAGAAAGCCAAUCUUUAAUGUGCUUUUUUAUGUUCAUAAUAUAAAAUACUUUUAAGUAAAAUGCCCUAUUCUAAUCCAAUUUCAAAUUGCUAGGGUCUGAUAGUGUAUCAGUAAAAAUAAAAAUAUUUGCCAAGAAGUUAUUUACAGAGAAAGGAGUGUUGCAAUAUUUUCUGCUUUUGUUUAAAGAGAACCAUUUGGCAUAUAGGCAGUACAACAUAAUGUGAAAGACUGGCUUUGUAGGGUAGUAAAACAGUCUGGUUAAAAUUGGAAAGGGGAAAAAGAGAAAUCAUCCUGUAGUUUUGUCUAGGUAGCAUUUGGGUGAAUUUCUGGAUUCUGUUGAAUGGUAGCGUAGAUGACAUGGGCACUACCUGUAAGUCAUUUCUUAAAUAUGUGUUUCUGAAAAUCUGAGCUCAAGGCAAGAAAAAGAAGACAAGAAAGCUGUAUCUUUCUGCCAUAAUAAAUGAAUCAGAGUUGCUUUUUAUCAAAUAUCUUGUCACAGAAACAUGAUGGAGGCCAGAAGCUAUUUCCAGUGUUACUAGGACACUAUUAUGCAAUUUUACAAAUAAUAAGAAAGCAUAGAAAGUACUUGAAAAAGUCUCUUUCUCUUUCUAAGGAAAACUGUUAUGUUUGGUGCAAUAAUGUGAAAAUUUUGGAAGGUCAAAAAAUAUCACAGGAAACGAUCAUAGAACUAAAAAUAGUUUUUAAGGAAACCAGCUACACAGGGCAACCAUCUUGCUGUUAAAGAAAAUCAUGUGCCAAAAGGCUAUAUCACUGGCAUAUAGGAAAUAAAACCCAAGUAUAUACACAUGAUAAUUUCUGAGCCAGUAUUACUGAAACAGGAUAAAAAUUACUGAAACCUUAGGUAGGUUAUAUGCAGUGUCUCUACUAGUGCUACCAGUCUGAAUAUCUUUCUUAACAAUGCUUUCAGAAAUGCCAAUUUUGAUCAUUGUACAUUUCACAUUGUAUAUGAGAGAUACUUGCUUUAUGAAUGAUUCAAAGUAACGUAUUUUAAAUGUUCAUGGCUUUUCAUCGAAUGCGAAGUCGUAAUUUGAAAAUGAAAUCAUGCUACCAGCAAUAGACAGUUUUGUUGAAAACUCUAAUAAGGAACAGUCGCCAGUUCCGUAAAUAACUUUAAAAUUCUAGAAUAAAGUAUUGGUACGCUAGUAAUCACAAAUUCAGUUUCUUUUAAUACUUUUUUAAUCCUGUAAAGAUUUUUUAUAAACAUCCUUUUUUAUUAAUCAGUUAAAACAUGGCGAAUGUGUAGCUGCCGUUUCUGAAAAGCGAUCCAAACUCUACAUCCAGAGAUGAUGAAAAAUUCUUAUAGAAUUUUGUAAUAAGUAUACAUGUUGGGUUCAAGAAAUUUUAUAGUCGUUGGAGUGCCAUGGAAUUAAUACUUGCAAUCCAGAUUGCUGUAGUUUACACUUUUCUGUAUGUUUCGAAUCAGGUGUGUACCAUUUGUACUGAGAACACCACAGAAUGAAUUAUCCAAAGUCCAUUGAUUUUAAUACGUGUUUUGGUUUGUAAACAAAUUAAUUUCUUGCACAUUUUUGGAAAUUAAUCGUAUAAAGAAUUUAUGUAUCUGCUUCUAGAUACAGUGUGUAAAUAAAAAUUUCGUUCACAA